GGGCGGCUCUUCCGGCGCGGCGGGGCGGGGCGGGGGCGCUCGGUACGCGCGGGGCGGCGGGGCCGCCAUGGCGGAAGACGAGAGCGACCAGGAGUCGGAGCGGCUCAGCGAGGAGCUGGAGGCGCUGGCCGCGCCGGGGCUCCCGGCCGGGCUGCCCGCUCUGCUCCGCAGCCAGUACUACUGCCGCCGCUUCUGCCAGGUUGUUGAAGACUAUGCUGGGAGGUGCCAGGUGCCUCUGCCUCAGCUGCAGGUGCUGCAGACGGCGCUGUGCUGCUUCACGUCCGCCUGCGUGUCCUUCCCGGCCGAGUGUGAGCACGUGCAGUAUGUACUGAGUAGCCUUGCUUUGAGUUUUUUUGAAUUGCUGCUGUUCUUUGGAAAGGAUGAGUUCUAUGAAGAUCCUUUGAAAGAUAUUUUAGGUUCAAUCCAGGAAUGUCAGAACCUUCUAAACAAAUACAGGAAUCUGAACCUGGAACUAGUGACUCGAAUAAUUCGGGAUGGUGGACCAUGGGAGGAUCCAGUAUUACAAGCAAUUCUUAAAGCAAAGCCUGUGUCACAGGAAUUAGUUAACAAAUAUUUAAGCUCUGAAAAUCCACUGUUCUUUGAACUCCGUGCCAGAUACCUUAUUGCCUGUGAACGCAUCCCUGAGGCAAUGGCUCUUAUCAAAUCUUGCAUAAAUCAUCCAGAUAUCAGUAAAGAUCUGUAUUUCCAUCAAGCUCUUUUCACCUGUCUUUAUAUGUCACCAUUAGAAGAUCAGCUAUUCCAGGAGCACUUGUUGAGGACUGAUUGCAAGAGUGGAAUUGAGAUCAUCUGCAACACUGAAAAAGAAGGGAAGACUACCUUAGCCUUACAGCUUUGUGAAUCCUUCCUAGUCCCACAGCUCCAAAAUGGGGACAUGUAUUGUAUAUGGGACCUGAUCUUCAUUUGGAGUAAACUGCAGCUGAAAUCUAACCCAUCCAAACAAGUAUUUGUGGACCAGUGCUACCAGCUUCUAAGAAUUGCUACAAAUGUCAGAGUAAUUUUCCCUUUCAUGAAAGUCAUUAAGGAUGAAGUAAGUUGUGUUUGUUUUUACCUCAUCCACCAUUCUUUCUGUGACCAGUUAAAGUAAAGAGAAGUGAUGUUUAUAUUGUGUAAUGACCAUUUUUGGUGGAAAGUUAAAAAAGAGGGGUUAGGGAAGGACAUAAUAUGAUCUUUAAAAUUUUGUCAGUUUCCAGGAUGGGCUUCAAUAUUAUGAUUGCUUGUGUGGUUUUAAGAUUUUUUUUUACUGAAUUCUGAGUUUUUCUGUUUCUGCAGCAAUAUUUACUCUGAGGAGUAAGUCCAUGGAAUAAAUGUGAAUGAUUGGGGUUGGGUUUUUUUUUUUCAGCCUGACCUCUUAAGGAAAUAGGAUCUGUGUAAUUGUAUGUACCCUUCAUUCUUGUUAAAUUCUGAAUCCUUUUACCAAUUCUAAUCAUAACUGGAAAAGAGUCUUAGUACAACAUAAAGGAAAAGGAAGAAUAAUACAGGAAAAGACAUAAUUUUGGCUGAUGAGGUAGAUGCUUAUUCUGAACAAGA